AUGUUUCUUUGGUAUUUUAAAAUACCUCUGAUUCUCCUGCUUUGGUGCGUCAGUAUCUUGCUAUGUGACAUUCGAAGUGCGACUUUUGUCGAGAAAAAUGGUUCAGUUUUAGAGAUAGUCUUCUUUAUUAAUGUUGUGGGUUGCCUGAUCCCUGGUACAAUAUGUCUUCUUUGUAGACGUGGUUCCUGGUGCAAGAUGUGGCAUACAGCAAUUACUUUCUACGAAAGUACUGCCCUCUUGAAGCUGUUUCUGGCUGUAUGUUAUGUCAAUGUACUCGCUACAGGGCUAUUUUUUUUCAGUUUCACAUUGUCAAGCAUGACUCAUGCCUAUGCUAUUAAGACGACGGAGCCCUUGGUCAUGUGUCUUCUUUCAACUGAAAUUAUGCAAAGGGCGAUACGAGGAUUUAUGAUAGGUGAGAAAGAGGGAAAAAGUUAUUUGACUGAUGGUGAACUACACCUUGUGUCUCCAAAAACUAUUUCUUUCAUCACGUGGAUUUCCGUAUUUUUUGUGUGCAUUGGAGCUCUUCUAAUUUCUGGGUCUUUAGAACGUAGUGGUGAGACCGUUCGUAGUGAUGCUGCAAUAAUGUUCACUUAUUGCCUUGUUUUUGCCAGUAGUUGUGCUCUAGCAUUGCGGACUACACUAAUGAAGCCUUUGCUGCACACAAUUCAGAGAGAUGGUUCCAUUUUCCCGGCAGCUGUCGUGCAUUGUUUUAUGAUGUUUUGUGGUUCCGUGACGCUGCUGGGACCUGCUUUGGUAUUUAGAGGAAGAAAUAUUGUUGGGUAUAAUCUUGACGUGUGGAAACAAAUAGUGGUUGUGGGCCUUAGUUAUGGGGUGUAUCAAGUUGUCAAUGGUGUGCUUUUAUUUUAUGUGACUCCUUUGUCCUAUAGCAUUUUAAAACAGGUUCGCGUUGUUUUGAUCUUUUUUUGUUCAGCGUAUUAUUUUGGAAAAGAAUUUGCUGGUGUUGCGCGACUUAUUGUUGGCUUAUUGUUGUUGUUUGGUGGAAGCUAUUGUUAUGUGGUGUAUUAG